ACAUUUUCUUUUUCUUUUUCUUUUUUUUUUCGUGUUACUCCGAUCACCACCAGAGCAGAGCACCAACAUGGUGGAGAGGUUCUUCUCCGCGCCCCAAACCGAUUUGCAUCAUUCCCAAUCUGCUCCAAUCUUGCUUCUUUCUGGCCCGCCUUCAUCUGGGAAGACCUCUCUGCUCUUCCAAUUCGCUUUCAACUCCGCAUUGGAGACCCACUCUUCUGUGUCUAACAACGGUAAGGUUGUCUUCCUUUGCAAUCGGCGCAGGUUAGAAAGCAAACCCCCUUAUCUCUCUCAGGGCAUUGAUCCAUCUUCUGAUAUAUUUCACCGUAUUCAGAUGAAAUACGUGGAUGAUGAUGAAGGGAUCAACAAGUUCUUUGCUGCAUUCCACCUGCAUGAUAAAUUUCCUCACACAGUAAUUAUCGACGAUUUCGGAGAUUUGUUUGAUGAGAGAAACUGCCAACAGAGAUACAAUAAUCCUCGUGGAAGAGAUUUAGCAAUGGUUCGAAUUCUAGCACUCUGUCACAAUGCCAUAAUUCAUGCUAAUGAAACCGGGCCAUGCAAGGUUCUACUCUCUGAUACACACCAUGGCGACUCUCCAAGGUUGCUCUUUAUUUACAAGAGAUGGAUCUCUUCCAUUUAUACAAUUAAAGGUGAUGGCUCUGGGUCGUUUCUUCUUAAGAACAACAUCUAUUCUGGAAGCGCCUUGUCACAGAGGAUGAGAACCGCAAAAUACUCCAUAGCUCUUCAAUAUCUUGUUUUGGAAGGUAUUACCGAAGAUGGAGAAUAAUAAUAUUGUUGGUAGAUUUAUUUACACACAGUAUCUCUUUUUAAGUAUAUUAUGUAAAUCCUUUCCAAUGUAGCUCUACACUUACUAUCCACUGUUGGGUUUGUUAAUUUCAAGAAUUUUGCUUGUGUUAGACAUAAUUUAAUAUCUACUCUAGCAAGCUUAACUUAA